AUGUACCAGAGCGAGCAGUUCAAAGAUAAGGACAUGCCUCUCGACUUUGAUCGCUCAGUGCGGACGUGCAUCGUCUCGAGAGGCUUUCUUUAUAAUUACUAUAACUUCGUACCAUCCGCUGGACCACUUAACCACACCCUACUGCUUUUACAUGGUCACGGUGACUUCUCGUAUGGCUGGAGAACAGUUAUCCCUGAGUUAUUGGCGAGUGGCAUCCGCUGCGUUGUGCCUGAUUUGCUGGGAUUCGGACAGACAAGCAAACCACUCGACGUUGAGUGCUACAAAUUGAAACCCAUGUCCAAUGACAUGGCCGAAUUACUAGAGCACGCGGGUGUGGGUGGAGAGAAGGUUAUUGUCGUUGGGCAUGACUGGGGCUCACAGCUAGCCUCGCGCCUCGUUUUACACCAUGCUACACUUUUUGCUGCCUGUGUUAGCAUAACGGGGACGUAUAUUCCCCCAAUGCCACAGCCACUCACCUUGAAAGAAUUCACGGAUAUAUUCCCAAAUUUCUCCUACUGGCAUUUUUUCACUUCCGACAGGAUACAUAAAUUGCUUCGGACUCGCAUGCCGAUCUUCUGGAAUGCGACCAUUCGAACUGGCUCUGAGUUGAUCAUACCAAUGUCUGAGAUCGAGGCACGUGUUUCCGCAGACGAUGCUCUAGCACACGAGCAUUGGCGAGUUCGCCCAAUUCUGUGGGACGAAGAUACCUACACUCGCUACCAACAGAACUAUCUGCGUGGCGGCUGGGAGGCCCCAAUGAACUGGUAUCGGGCCUUCCUUUUGAACUUCGAUGACGAAAAACAAUUCCUCGCCGACCCACGAAUCCAGAUUCCGUUCUUGACCAUUCUCGCCGAGAACGACCCUGCGGUGCCCAUCGAGAUUGCUGAAGCAUCAAACUCUCUGUUAUUGAAAGGGAAAAUGGUCACAAUGCCGUGCGGACAUUGGGUCGGACAGGAGGACGGGCCCGGAUUGGGACGCAUAAUCACAGAUUGGCUAGAAAGCUUAGGCUCAACGGCGUGUGCAUCUUGGUGA